CGAUAGUGCCCUCGAUGGUUUGACACCUCUGCUGCACAUAACUUUUCUACAUUUAACAUAAAAAUAACAGGAAUUAAUACAAACAACCAAGUGCACAAUACGCUUACAAGUGCCGGCCACAAUUGUAAAUAACGGAUUGUUGCAAAUCCACUCGCGAUAGUGCGGAAAUCACGUGAUGAAAAUACGCCUGAAAAUUGCCCUCUCGUCCGUGAAAUGUGAUAUAUUUUUCAUCCAAUUGGGUGGAAAUUGGCUAAAUAUUAGACUGCAUCGAGUGCCGCGCCAGUGUUGUGAUCAGUUGAACACCCCACAAGCCAUGCAGCGGCAAAAUGUGAACCUGUUUGGACGUACUCAGUGCGAGUCCUACGCGAUAAAUGCGCAGUUUAGGGGACAUUAGAGGCCGUCUGCAGAGGACUUCCUCCGGCCCACCCCACUCGCAAGGGCACGGCCCAAUCGCUCCCGCUCCCGCGCCACCUGCACCUAUUCCUGGCAUACGGGGAAGAAGAAACAAAUAAAUUGCAUCGAAUCCAAUCCGAUCCAGUCCAGACUUUGAACUUGCACUUGUGUGGGUGUGUGACCGCGUGUACGUGUCGUGUGCGUGUGUGUGUACGGAAAACAAAAGAAAAGCCCCCAACGUGAUAGGCGCAGGGGAAGCAGCGACAACAAAAAGCGAAAAACAGCCCCCGUUCCCGUGCCCCUGCCCCGGCUAUUAUCAACACAAAGACAAGAUGUUCUCCCCGCCCUGGCAGCUCUUCAUGGGCGCUCUGCUGCUGCUCAGCUCCAGCAGCUCCAGUUUUGCCACCCCAAUUGAAUUGGGCAUGAAUACCAGUUCCUCGAUUGGAGCCACCAACUCGGCGUUGGUGCCACCCGUAGCAGCAACGACGGCGACAAGGGCGCCAAUAGUGAAAGCGGACGAAACAGCUGGCCAGGCUUAUCUAACAAAAUCGCCGUCGCCGACGACAUUGUCCGCUGAUAACAGCAGAAACCAUGACAGCAACAGCAACAGCCAUAGCCACAGCAAUAACAAAAGCAGCCUCAACAAUAGCAAUGGCCACAGCUACAGCAACAACAGUGCAGUGGCUAUGCUGCUGCCGCAAGACGGCGAUGGAGCAGUCGCUGCCACACAGCAGCACGCCACGCAGUUGCCACCCUUCGUGCCGCAACAGCAGAGCAGCAAGAAGCACAACAAAACCGUGAAAUGUCACUGCGACAUCUGCAAGGAGACGAACCACAUCUGCGAGACGGACGGCUACUGUUUCACGUCGGUGGAGAAAAAUGCGGACAAUAAGAUCAUCUUCAGUUUCCGAUGCCUCAAUAUGUCGCAGAGCUUUCCGCCGGGCCGAUUCAUCUGGUGCAACGAGGGUCGCCAUGGCGGACCCACGGCACGGCCGGCCGCACGCAGAGGCGGACAUGCCUGUUGCAACGAUCACGACUUUUGCAAUCGGCAACUGCGGCCCGUCAUCAAGUACUAUGCGGUGGCCACGCCCACAUGGGAGGACGAUGACAGUGAUGGUGCCAUACGGCAACAGCCGCCGGCCACCUUCGAAGAUUUUAUGCCGGAACGCACUCUGACCAGCUGGGAACUGGUCGGCAUCAUUGUGGGUGUGACCCUCGUCAUUUGUGUGACGGGAACGACCUCCUGGUUCUACUGCCAGCGACGCAAGCGCAUGGCCACCGGCAGACCGUUCACCAAGGAGGACUCCGUCUACGAUCCCAUACUGAAUGGCAACACCACCAUACACGACAUCAUUGAGAUGACCACAUCUGGGUCCGGUUCGGCUGGUCUGCCGCUUUUGGUACAGCGAUCCAUCGCACGCCAGGUGCAGCUGUGCCACGUGAUUGGCAAGGGACGCUUCGGAGAGGUAUGGCGGGGACGUUGGCGUGGUGAGAAUGUGGCCGUUAAGAUCUUCUCCAGUCGCGAGGAGUGCUCCUGGUUUCGCGAGGCCGAAAUCUAUCAGACGGUAAUGCUCCGACACGAGAACAUUCUGGGUUUCAUUGCAGCGGACAACAAGGACAACGGCACUUGGACCCAGCUGUGGCUAGUCACGGACUACCACGAGAACGGAUCGCUCUUCGACUAUCUGACUACGCACACGGUGGACACCAACACAAUGCUGAACAUGUCGCUGAGCAUUGCCACUGGCCUGGCCCAUCUGCACAUGGACAUUGUGGGCACCCGCGGCAAGCCCGCCAUCGCCCAUCGCGAUCUCAAGUCCAAGAACAUACUGGUGAAAUCGAAUCUAAGCUGCGCCAUCGGUGACCUGGGCCUCGCCGUACGCCACGUGGAGAAGGACGAUUCGGUGGAUAUACCCUCUACACAUCGGGUUGGAACAAAGCGCUACAUGGCCCCAGAGGUGCUGGACGAGAGCAUGAAUGCCCAGCACUUUGAUUCGUACAAGCGGGCGGAUGUGUACGCCUUUGGCCUGAUCCUCUGGGAGAUUGCACGGCGCUGCAACAUGGGCAUGAUCUACGAUGAGUAUCAGUUGCCGUACUACGAUGCCGUGCAGCCGGAUCCCAGUAUUGAGGAGAUGAAGAAGGUCGUUUGCAUUGAGAAAAGUCGCCCUAAUAUACCGAAUCGCUGGCACGCUUCCGACGUGCUCCACAACAUGGCCAAGGUCAUGAAGGAGUGCUGGUAUCCGAAUCCCGUGGCACGUCUCACGGCGCUGCGCAUCAAGAAGACCCUCGCCAGCAUCAGUGUGGAGGACAAGGUCAAAAACUGAUUGUGGCUCUAGUUUCAGUUGCUUCAGUGACCGCCCAGUGGGAGGAGUGUCUGUACAUACGAGUGCGUGCGUGUAUGCUUGCGUGUGUGUGUGUGUGUGUGUGUGUGUGUGUAUGUGUAUGUAUGUCUACUCCAUGCAGCAGUAACCGUAACCUGUAACCUGUAACCUGGCCCGCGUGACCUUUAAUGUCGUGGCAGCGCCUGCGAAGCAGAUCCAGCAACCCGUUAAGAGAACAGAAAUACAAAGAAAGCUGUAAAUAUUAAGUGCUUACCGAUCCCAAAGGUGUAUUCAUUGCUAUGCUUUGUUUUUUUUGCCUAGAAUGAGCUCGUUGUAUUCGUUUUCAGUUUGAAACCAUCCUCGACACUUGUACAUAGCCUUCGUUGACAUUUCCGCUGAGAUUUACUUAUUUUUGGGACAGCGUGAGCAAAGCGGCGCUCCACAACAAACUGCCGCACUGCCAUUGUGCCACCAAUUAGGGCCUAGUUAGACAUACAUACCCACUGUACCCCACAAAAGAUACAAACAACGUAAAAUAUAUUUUUUAUAAACCUUGCCUCAGACACGAGGCGUUACAACAAAACGAACGAAAAAAUACAGCAAAAGACUUUGCCAAGACUGAACAGCAGUGGAAAGCAGUGAGAGAUAUACAUACAUAUUAUCAACAAACGAAAAAGAAUUAAAACAAAAAUACAGUAGAUCCGAAUUGCAUGCACUUUUGGACUUCACCUUAUCAAAUAAAUUUACACAAAAAAAAACCAACAACGAUAACAGAAACAUUGAUGACGGGGGGAUAAGGCAUCAACCAAUUUGGGCAUAGACCAACCGAAUCGUUGACUAAACUCAGGAAAUCUUAAAGUAAAAGUAAAAUUUAAAUAUACAAAUCGGGUGCGCCGCCUGCUCACGCUUAGUCUGCCACGCCCCAAAUGCUAUUGCUAUGCUGUGUGCGCCUACCAAGCCAACUGUGUAUCACACCCACAUACAUAUAAAUCGCUUGCUGAAAUUGUUCAUCAAUUUCGCAGUUCCGCGAUCACUGCAAACCAUUGCAAUGGGUGGGUUGCUUCUUCAUUCACACCUCAUGGUUAUUAGUUUAGUUACAUCAUCUCUACACCGCAAUUACACUAGAUCCAUUAUCCUUUAACUAUAAGUCAUUUUUGAUUUCUUUUUCUGUUAUAACCAAAGCUUGUUCUUCCUAUUUUUCUGUAGUCAUAUAAAGAUAAAGCAAAGUAAAACGAAAACGAAAACUAUAUUAAUAUUACAAAAGUAUACAGUAAACUUUGUGUAUACAAUAUACUUACAUACAUAUAUAUGAAUUGUGAACUAUACAUAUUUGCUUCAAUUGUAAAUUGUAAGAAACUCGAUGUUUCAAUGAACAAACCUAAACCUAAACACAUAGCUUAAGUGUGUGAACAGAGUUUGGCCUGUUCUAGAAUAUGUUUAACAUAGCCGAGCGUUUUAUUUCCCCCCCUCCCCCAUCAAAUGCCAUAAAGCUGAACGAGUCCAUUACCAAAUCUACGAGAAUGCAAUAGUAGUUUCUACAUACCAAAUGAUUCCUGAAACCCCCUGCGCCAGCCCCAGCCACCCACACACAAUCCACAAAGACACCCACACAAGCUGAGAGAUUAACGUAAUCAUUAAUUUAAAGAUUAAUUAAUUAAUUUCGAUAUAAGCUAAGCUACCACUAAGCAUUUUUACGAGCCUUGCAUGCAAGAUUGUAACUAGAAUUAUGAUUCUAUUUUAGAAACUACUCGUAAAUAUUAAACUAUAUAUAUUGUUAUAGUUUUGGCCAGCGAAAUUUCAUUUCCUAUAUUAAUUUCCUGUACGAACCAGUCUAAACAAUAUAUUUCUAGCCUUUAUACAAAACGCAUUAUACGAGUACAUACAUAUAUUUAGUUUAUAAAACUAUUCCUGUAAUUGUAUAAUCUGUAAAUAGUCCGUGGAGUGGAGAGUCUGUGCGUGCGAGAGUCAAACAAGAGAAAACGAGAAAAAAAAAUUGAAUUGAUCGUGUUAAAUGCUAAAUGUUUAACUGUGUUCUAAGCUAAGUUUAGGCCGAGACUUGUUUUCAAAAGACAAAUCCAUAAGAUAACCAACCUCCGAUGGAGGUUCUUCCUACCGUCUACCGCCUACCGUUUAACUCCAACCUUUGAUCCAAACCAAAAAACAAAAAAAAAAAAACAAUUUCCAUUGAACUGAGUUGAAGAUUCAAUUAAAAUCGAAAAGAAACCUACACAAAAGACUUGAACAAUGCGCAAAAA